UUGCAGACAAUCCUCGAGAUACACCCCCUAGUGAAAGGGCCUCUAUAUCAGUGGGAUCUGAUGAUGAAUCUCUGGAUUCCAAGGAAGAAGUCGCCAACAAAAUCGGCCGUAGUUCUAGCCGAUUUGGUCGCUUGAUGACCAAAAAGAGGGCAAACAUGAUACUCGGCGGGGAGUCCGAUGAUCAAGGAGCUCAGGUCCGGCAUGCUCCAUUGCUCUCUGGAAAAACCAUUGAAGCGGCCAAAACUGAUCUAGUACCCCAGUACGGUUUCCUCGGUGAGAAAAUUACUGUGGAUACUGGCCAUUCUGACCCUCUGAUAUUCAUUAAUACAAAUACCCCGUUCUCCGCCUUCAUAUGCGGUGUUCAAGGAAGCGGAAAGAGUCAUACGACAUCAUGUAUUCUCGAAAAUGCCCUCAUACGUUCAUGCGAGAUUGGCGAACUGAAGAGCCCCCUGUCAGCGCUAGUGUUUAGUUUUGGCGACUUUAACGUCGAUGGUGCCGGUUUCAGCAUCAGCGAAGCUGCCUUUCUUGCCAUGCCUCACUCGGAUUUCCCUGGGCACCCCUCGGUCAAGAAAGUCACUAUCAUGGUGCCUCCAUCGAAUCCAGCUCUGGCAAGGUUGUAUCGGCGGAUUCCUAAUGUUAAAGUCAUACCAUUCAAGUUAAAGCCUGAGACACUUGGCAUCGGUACACUGCUUACGCUGAUGGCUGUAAAUCAAUCGGAUAGUACGCCCCUCUAUAUGGCGCAGGUCACCAAGAUUCUCCGAGAGAUUGCGCUGGAGCAUGAGGGUAGGUUUGACUACGCCUACUUCAAGAAGAAAAUUGAUCUUUGUGACUUCAAUCCUACCCAAUUGAACAUGCUCACCAUGCGUCUCGAUCUACUCGAAUCGUUCUUGGAUCUAGAUAAUAGUUGUCCUGCACCAACAUUCCAGCCUGGAGAAGUGACUAUCAUGGAUAUGUCAUGUCCUUUUGUUGACGCAAAUACCGCUUGCGUUCUGUUCAAGAUUGGGCUUCAGGUGUAUCUACAAUCAAAGGCGCCUGGUAAAAUGAUCGUCCUUGACGAAGCGCACAAGUACAUGCUUGAAGUCCCAGGUGCCAAAGCCCUAAACGACUACCUCCUAGCUAUCAUUCGCCUCCAACGACACUAUGGAGCACGUGUUAUCGUCUCAACGCAGGAGCCAGUCCUUCUCACCGACCUUAUCGCACUCUGCUCUAUAACUGUGAUUCACCGCUUCUUCAGCCCAGAAUGGUUCGCCGCGCUGAAGAAACACAUUCCCAUGGCUGGGCAUGAUCAUAUCGAGCUAAUGCAGAAGAUUGAGCAGCUUGCGACAGGACAUGCCCUUAUAUAUUCGUCGAAUGCGGUGUUGGGACAGAAUGAGGACGGAAGUCUGAUCAAGGGCACUGGAAAGCUCAUUGAAGUUGAGAUACGGAGCCGGGUCACGAGCGACGGUGGUCAGUCGGUGUUGUGCGUGGAUGAAGUGUAGUUGUGAACCAUUACCGGUAGCAUCUUGCGGCAUUACGGUAG